AGUCACGUCCUCGGCCGAAAGAGAAACAUUCUCCCAGGCUGCAGUCGAGACAAGUCUCUCUGUGUCUCUUUGAAGAAGAAUCAACGAUCUCAGGUUUUUCUCAACAAACAGCAGAAUCUCUGUUCCUUCAAAGCGAUGGACUCUGAAGGCAGCGGGACGAUGGAGGUGGCGGCACUCGGACGGCCUUUCAGCCUCGGGAUGUUGUACGACUGCCGCAACGACUCUCUCGUCCCUGGAAUGACUUUGUGGGACCGUGAUGACCUUAAAAAUCAUAUUGGAGAAAGUGCACAGAGCUAUAAUGAUUGUGAUAUAGUUGCAUCUGAAUCAAUUGAGGAUAAAUCUUCAGCACUAAAUGUUGAAGCAUCGCUGAAGGCUAGUUUCUUGUGUGGACUGGUAAACGUUGGUGGAUCAGCCAAAUACUUGAACGAUAGCAAGACUUCCAAAAAUCAUGCCAGAGUAACACUGAAGUACCAAGCUACCACAAAGGUCCAUGAACUGUCCAUGAAUCAUCUUGGAAGAGGCAAUGUUAAGCAUCCAUAUGUCUUUGAUCAAGGAAUAGCCACACAUGUAGUCACAGGUAUCCUUUAUGGCGCACAAGCCUUCUUUGUCUUUGACCGUGAGGUGUCUGUCAACGAGAACUAUCAAGACAUUCAGGGCAACUUGAAGGUGAUGAUCAAGAAAAUUAGCUCCGUUUCAAUAGAUUGUGAAGGCUCGCUGAAAAUGGAAGACAAGGACAAAGCACAUGUUGAGAAAUUCUCCUGCAGAUUCAUUGGAGACUUUUUAGUCCAGAAAUCUCCUACAUCCUUUCAGGAGGCAGUAGAGGUGUACCAAAGUCUGCCAAAGCUGCUGGGAGCCAACGGGGAAAAAGCAGUACCAGUGAAGGUCUGGCUGUUGCCUCUGACAUCUUUAGAUUCUAAAGCCGCUAAACUUGUCCGUCAGAUAAGUAUAGGAUUAGUUGAAGAAUGUCAGAGUGUCCUGGAGGACUUCAGUGACCUGGAAAUGAGGUUCAACGAUGCACUGAGAACCCAAACUGCACAGCAGUUCCCACAGAUUGGAAAAAAACUCAAAACCUUUAAACAGAAGUGCUCUCAGUUCAAACUGGAAUUCCAACAAACCCUGGCAAAGAAACUUCCAUCAAUCCGAGGAGGAGGAGAAGAAGAAGCUGUGCUCGCAGAGGAACUGAGGAAGACAUGUUCUUCUCCUUUCAACAGCAAGGACCUGAACGAGUGGAUGGACUGUAAGGAGAGAGAAAUAUACACCGUGAUGUCUCUGACCGACAUGAUGACAAACACCAAGAUCAUCUCAUCUCAAACAGACCUGAACAAAGAAAUUCUCUUUCUCAAAAAAGCAGAGCAGGCUGUGUGUUUUGUCUUCACCUCGCUGGGGAGUGAUGAACCGUACCUCUCAACUUUAUCAAACUACCUUCAACAAACACCCAAACCAGACGAUGCCCAAGAUCCCCCCCCUCCAGAUCAAUGGUACAACUCAAGAAAAGAAGGGGAAGCAAUGCGGCAUAAAGCAAAGCUCUUCAGUGAUUUUGCAGAGGCCAACAAGGAGAACAAGAACAUCACAUUCCUGACGGUGGGUUUAACAAACGAGACACAGAAAGGUGCCAGCAUCUACCUUUAUACAGACGGCCUUUCUGUCAAUGAGAACUUUGAGCCGCCUUCAAAGCCUGCAACAGUAACAGGAAGUGAUAUAAAUCACAGCAGUGUGACGCUGAACAUUUCUCCACCCAGAUUUGGAGCAGAGGAGAUCACCUCCUACUCUGUUGAGUACUGUGUCAGAGGAGAGGACGGCUGGAAACAAAAGACAGCAUCCAAAGCUGAAGAAGUCACAGUGAGCGGCCUGAGUCCUAACACAGAGUACAUGUUCAGAUGCAGGGCAGCGACACCAGUAGGUGCCGGGCCAGCCAAUGAAGUCAGUGGAUCCAUUCAAACCUUACCCUGCAGCCCUCCUGGAAAACCCAACGUUGAAUCUACCUCAGGUGAGAUAUCAGUCAGCUGGGAGAAACCUGCUGAGCUCGGACAAGAUGUCCACGUUUUGAGCUACAUCGUGGAGUACGCCGAACAAGACCAACAGGUGAAAGAGGAAGAUCUCCACUGGGAGCAAAUGAUGGCGGGAGCUGAGAAGGCGAUCAUUUCAGGACUUCAGCCAGAGACAGAAUACGCUGUCAGGGUCAGGUGUGAUUGUGGUGCAGCUGGAAGAAGCAAAGAAAGCAUCGCUGUUAAUGUCGGCACAACUAAACCUUUACGUCUCACAGAAUUCCUCAAAAGUAAAAGCAAAAGGAUAAUUUCUAAAUCUCCCUCAGUUUACAAACUGCCUCUGACAGAAGAAGAUAUCAACGUCAAAGGAUGCCGGAGGUACAACUUUGGCAAAGAAAGCAUGACACGAAAUCGCACAAUAAUGCUUGUUGGAGCAACUGGAUCUGGAAAGUCCACUCUGAUCAAUGGACUCAUCAACUACAUCGUUGGUGUAGAGUGGGAGGACGAUUUCAGAUUCAAGUUAGUUGACGAGGAUCAGUCGAGAUCUCAAGCUGAGAGCCAGACCUCUGAAGUCACUGUGUACAACAUCAACCACCAAGAGGGCUUUAAAAUCAAUUACUCUCUGACCAUUGUGGAUACUCCAGGUUUUGGAGAUUCAAGAGGAAUAGAAAGAGACGAGGAGAUCAAAGAACAGAUUCGUAAUCUCUUCUCUGACGAUCGUGGCGUCAGUGAAAUUGACGCUGUGUGUUUUGUAGCUCAGGCUGCUUUAGCUCGGCUCACACCAUCACAGAAGUAUGUGUUUGAUUCUGUGCUCUCAAUCUUUGGCAAAGAUGUGGCAGAAAACCUCCAGGUUCUGGUGACAUUCGCAGACGGCCAACGCCCACCAGUUCUAGAGGCGAUCAAUGCUUCAGGUGUCCCAUGUCCUAAAACAAAAGACGGGCUGCCAGUUCACUUCAAAUUCAAUAAUUCUGCAUUGUUUGCACAGAACCAAUCAUCUGCUGCUGCUGACUCCAGUGGAGAUGAGGUAGAUGAAGGCUUUGAUCAGAGGUUUUGGCAAAUGGGGGCAAAAAGCAUGAAGAGGUUCUUUGUUACUACUGAUGAGCUAACAACCAAAAGCUUGACAUUGACAAAGGAAGUCCUCAGCGAAAGAAGGCAGCUCCAGAUCUCAAUGGAACAUUUGCAACAGCAGGUUAAAGUAGGGUUAGCCAAGCUUGAGACGAUUAAAGAGACAACUGCACAACUUAGACUGCAUGAAGCAGAGAUCAGCAGAAAUGAGACAUUUGAGAUUGAAGUAGUCGUCAUGAAGCCUUUUCAAGUAGAUAUAUCAGGCACUGGAAAGUUCAUCACCAACUGUCUGGUGUGUAAUGUCACCUGUCACUAUCCAUGUAAACGUCCCAAUAAUGCAGAUAAAAGAAAGUGUUGGGCAAUAGGACGAGAUGGAAACUGUACUCAGUGUAAAGGCAAAUGUCCUUGGAAUAAACAUGUUAACCAGAAGUACAGAUGGGGCUAUAAGGAGGUUAAAGAAAAGCAAACAUUUGAGGAUCUGAAACAAAAGUACCAUGUAGCCUCAAAGGCUAAGGGAACUGUUCAGGAAGUGAUCGACAAGCUGAAGGUUGAAUAUCAGUGUCAUCAGACUGAAGUGACGGAGAUAAUGCAGAGGGCUGCUGAGUGUCUGAACAGACUAGGAGAGAUCGCACUGAAGCCAAAUCCUCUCUCCACUCCAGACUACAUUGACCUGCUCAUUGAGGGAGAGAAAUCUGAGGCCGAGUUAGGCUGGAAGCAACGAGUCCAGCACCUGAUGGACAUGAGAGGACAAGCAGAGCUCAUGGGUAAAGCAAGGAGAGGAGAACACCUGCUUUAAAGUGAAGAAUCUUUAACUGAGGGCAACAUCAAGACCAGCUCCAACUGAGACCAAGACAAGAGCUGAACAUGAUAUCAAAGAAGAGACGUGUAUAUACAAAAUUAAACAAGACAGGAUAGUGAGUGAUACUGAUCAAGAGUCCUUGAUGGCCAACACAACCAAGUGACCAUGACACAAAUGUUCAUGGGUCAUUUAUUUGUAUUUUCUGUUCUUACAAAGUUAUUGUUUAACUGUUUUUUUUAAUUACAUGACAUGUCACUUGUACUCAAUACUGUGGGCAAUCCCCACAGGAGCAAUUUGGGGUGUCUCAGGGACACAACGACAUGCUGACUGCAGUGGGGUUUGAACCUGUGCUCCCCUGAUCCGAACACCAAGGCUCUUCCACUGUGCCACACGCCUCCCUUUAAUCCUGAAGGAUUACAUUUUUCAAAGCAAGAUGGUUCGUCUUGAAGAAAUGCUGAAGGAGCAGCCGAGAGAAGCUCCUCCAGAGUCCACAGUGAUCACAAAUCCUUUGGAUCAAAACCAAACCAAGACCAAACAGAUGGCAGCAAGACCAAGAGGAGAUCUAUCAACAAACUGGAAGACGUCUGUGUUUUUAUAUCUGAGAUGAUCUCACCAACCCUGGGACCCAUCUACUUCCUGUUUGGCAUGUGUGUUGCUAUGGACCAGGGGGAGGUGCUGCCCCGUGUGAGGCUGUUUGGAUCAGCGGUUCUGUAGGAAUAUGAGAGAACCCGGUCCACCCAGCGCUGAGGUGGAAUGCAGUUCAAAGUGAAAUGUUGGACUCUUUACUUCACCACUCUACUCUUUACUCUUCUGCAUCGGGUACCUUUACAUUUAUUACUAUAGCUUCAUUUUGAUUAUACUUUUACACACUUUCACCUGUGUGACAUUUUGAAUGCAGGACUUCUACUUGUAACAGUAUCUAUACAAUGUGGUAUUAUAACUUUAACCAAAGUAAAGCAUCUGAAUACUUCUUCCGUCACUGAUACAACACAUGAAGUCCAAAUAGACCCGCACUCAGAGCUCUAGUGUUAAUCAAUGAAUUACAAAGCUUUAUUGUUCUCCUGCACAAACAUCUCCCUGCAGGAGCAAUCUGCAUGUUCUGUUUGACAGGAAGUAACAUGUACCAUGUGCAUGAAAUGUGGAAGUGUGAUUGUUUUGUGCAGAAAUCAUUAACGUCCUGACACCAUCACCACCAAUGGAAAAGAUUAAACCUGCAAGUUUAUUAAAAGUGAUGUUUAUUUUCUAUUAUGAUCAUUUACAAAUAUCAGAUUAUUGCUAAAUGUUUUUUCUGCUCUUCAUGUUAUUUCCUUUGAGAUGUGUAACUCUACGUGAGUUUUGUUAAUGAUGGAUUGUAUUGCUGAGUGUCCUGAAAUGAUACGGUGGCUCCUGCUGGAUGAUGGAGACCUUUCUAAACGUUAAACAAUAACUCAGACUAAUGUCAAGUUUAUUUUAAUCAGAACAACAGAUAUGAGAAUAAGGAGAUUAAAGAAGAUCUAUCAACAGCUGAAGGGAAAAAGUAUAACUUUUAAAUAUUGUAUUUUUCACAUAAGUUUGAAUUUAUUUCCAUUGUAAUCGUUUUACUCUGUUGUUGUUUUAACCGGGUUUUCAGCUUCCUGCUUAGUUUAACAUUCUUACUAUUAGUUUAAUAUUCUUUGAGUUUUAAAAACAUUAUACCUGAUACUGAUGUGUAUUGAUUAUCAUUUACUGACAGAUGGAGAAAUCAUUCAUUAACAAUAAAUAAAUGUCAUUUUGUCUCAAAUGUU